AUGAUCUUAUGGAAGCCGGGCUUGAAGCGUCGGUUCUUACAAUUAGCUCAUUCUCAAAGGAAGAUUUCGCCUUCGGCCCAGCUUGCGGCCCAGCUUGCGGCCCAGACAGAGGGCCUGUCCCCCAUCAUUGGCGAUUUAUCUGGUAACGAGGCGUUUAUCGUGACUUCGUGGAUAUGGGGAGAAAAUCUGGGGUCAAUCUCAGUUACUUUUGACGAGCACGGGCUGGUUGUUAUCGGGGCAACAACGCCGACGACGCCGACGAUUUCGCAUGUUGGCGAACUGACUACCUUUCUCGAUCUAGUGGAAGAGGUAAAAAAGGCCAUCUGGGAGAUUCGCAACACAACCGAUAUCAAGGGCAUCGUAGCCCUGACGCACAUUGGCUACGACGUCGACCACGUGUAG